AUGUCGGCGCAUUCUGCUCGUCGGUCGACAUUGGACCAUUUCGUUCGAGCUGCCGAACAAGACGAUCUUCUGCUGUACAUCACGGCUGCCGUUGGCGUGUUCAUGCCUGGUUGCGUCUACAUGUGCUACCAGUACGCUCACAAAAUGUACAUGCGGUACGCCCAGAGGUGUGAGGCGCUGAAAAGGGAGAACGAGUUGGAGCGUUCCGCCGUUACAGUGUUUUAUGCAGAGGGAAGAAAACGUACCGAAGAAUUGGCACAUCAGGUUGCUGCUGUUCUGGAUUGUGAACAGCCACUCGUUGUAAAUUUGGCAGAUAUUGAUGCAGCAUCAUUCACUGAGUAUAAGGGCAUUGGCCUUUUUUUAAUUGAUUGUGCUCCGAAUGGGCGUAAAGCGGAGUCUGUGGAAUGGUUUUUCGAUUUCCUAGAAGACCUGGCAUUUGAUAAGAAAUCAAGCAGUUUACCGUGUAGCGAAAUGCACUUUGCUGUCCUCGGUAUUGGCUACUCGUACAACACAAAUGAGCGAUGCAGUAGGGUAUGUCAUACUAUUUCAAAUAUUAUUUUAAUAAGUUAUCGUUAG